AUGAGCGAGACGCGAGCCCCCAGGAGGAGUGGAAACCCGGCCGAAGACGUGGAAAAGAACGCCGGAGAUCCAAAGCAAAGUGAUCAAAACGGCGAGACCGAAGACUACGAGAGGCACUAUGUGACCGGCAUUGCAAGAUGGCUCAUUCUUGGCCCCGUGACUCUGACCUACUUCACCUUUUUCCUCGACCUAGCCGUCUUGUCCACGGCAGCACCUGCAAUCACGACUGAAUUUAACUCCUUGAUAGAUAUUGGGUGGUAUGGAGGUGCAUACCAGCUUGGCAGUGCAGCUUUCCAGCCUAUGACCGGAAAGCUUUUUCGUUACUUCUCAAUCAAGUGGACAUUUCUCUCUUUCUUCUUCGUCUUUGUCGUUGGAUCUGCCAUAUGCGGAGCCGCUCAAUCGUCGUCGAUGUUCAUCGUCGGACGCGCCAUCGCAGGCGUGGGAUCUUCGGGCAUCGGCAAUGGAGCAUUGACCAUCAUCUCGGCCAUCCUGCCACCUCGGGCGCAGGCACAGGCCAUGGGUGUCAACAUGGGUCUCGGCCAGCUGGGACUCGCACUGGGGCCAAUUGUUGGCGGUUUGUUCACCGAGUACACCACUUGGAGGUGGUGCUUUUACGUCAAUCUCCCUAUCGGCGCCGUCGUAGGCGUACUGUUGCUGCUCUUCAAGAUUCCCGAGCCGGCACCCAAGCCAUCAGCGCGUCAGGUCCUGAAGACAGCCAUCAAGUCCCUAGAUUUGCCCGGGUUCGCACUCAUCGGCCCGGCGGCUAUCAUGUUCCUCCUAGGUAUCCAGUAUGGUGGCAACGAGUACCCCUGGAACAGCGCGACCGUCAUCGGGCUCAUGGUUGGGGGGCUGGUCACUUUCGUCUUGUUCCUGGUGCACGAGUACCGCACGGGAGACGAAGCCAUGGUGCCGUUCGCCAUGCUCAAGCACCGCAUCAUCUGGUCUGCCGCAGGCAACAUGUUCUUCCUACUAGCCACCGUCCUCGUGGCCGACUUCUACCUCGCCAUCUACUUUCAGGCUAUACACGAUGAUACGCCCCUCAUGAGCGGUGUACAUAUGCUGCCGACAACCUUAGCCAUAGUAAUGUUUACCAUGAUUUCCGGAACUGCGACCCAGUGGAUCGGGUACCAGGUCCUUUACGGUGUUGGGGGUGGCUCCAUGGCUGCAGGCGCCUUCAUAGCCGUACAAAACUGCGUCCCAGCGACCCAGAUCUCGACCGCAAUGUCAAUUGUCCUCUUCUGCCAGAAUAUUGGUGCAGCCGUGGCGCUGCCCGCCGCGAACGCCAUCUUCAGCAACACCCUGCGUAGCCAGCUUCAGGACAGAAGAGGAGAGAUCGGAAUCGACCCCGAGGUCAUCAUCGACGCCGGUGUUCGCGGUAUCCGUGAUUUUGUGCGGAGUCAAGAGCUUGCUGCUACGUUGGAAGCCUACAGCGAGAGCAUCGAUGCUGUAAUGUAUCUUGGCAUCGCUGUUGCCAUUGCCGCGUUUGCUUUCGGCUGGGGUCUGGGUUUCAAGGAUAUUCGAAAGGAGAAGAAGCUUCAGGAGUUACGAUCGUCGGACUCGGAUGACUGGUGA